CCUCUUUGGCAUAGAACCGUUUAUCAGCGUCUGGAUGAAGAGAACAGAGAGACAGCGGCGCGAGCUGUCAAUGUCUCGGCGAAAAUACUUUUUUUAUCGCGUUUUUUGGGGGAAAACUUUGUAUUAUGUUUUUAUUUGUAAUUUAUGAUUAGACUUUUAAACGGUGUCAUUGUUACGUUAACAAACCGCUGAAAAAGUGCUUCGAGACAAUUCCCGAACACCCACCAGGACACGUUUGUGCUCCUUUUCCGGGACACUUGUGGAGUUGAACUGUUGAAGCUUUUCCAGCUUCUCUCUGGCGACGUAUGAGCUCCUGAAAAGAAGAAUUUCUACUAUAUUUGUCAAAAAGUUGUUCCGAGAGCCGUCAUGGGCUGCACAAUCAGCGCCGAGGACAAAGCUGCGGUGGAGAGAAGCAAGAUGAUCGAUAAAAACCUUCGAGAAGAUUUAGAGAAGUCCUUGAGAGAAGUGAAGCUGCUUUUACUCGGUGCUGGAGAAUCUGGGAAAAGCACACUAGUGAAGCAAAUGAAAAUCAUUCACGAAGAUGGCUACUCAGAGGAGGAGUGCAGUCAGUACAAAGUGGUAGUCUACAGCAACACCAUCCAGUCCAUCAUGGCCAUUGUCCGGGCCAUGGGGCGCCUAAAGAUAGAGUUUGGGGAUGAGGCCCGGGCGGGUGAUGCCCGUCAGCUGUUUGUGCUGGCCAGUGCAGCAGAGGAAGGUGUGAUGCCAGCGGAGCUCAGCGGCGUGAUCCAACGGUUGUGGAGUGACAGCGGUGUUCAGACCUGCUUUGACAGAUCACGAGAGUACCAGCUUAACGACUCUGCUGCAUACUAUCUGAAUGACUUCGACAGGCUCUGUCAGCCCAACUACAUCCCGACCCAGCAAGAUGUACUGCGGACGCGUGUCAAAACCACAGGAAUCGUGGAAACUCACUUUACCUUCAAAGAGCUUUACUUCAAAAUGUUUGAUGUCGGAGGUCAGCGCUCAGAGAGGAAGAAAUGGAUUCAUUGCUUUGAGGAAGUCACAGCCAUCAUUUUCUGUGUGGCUCUCAAUGACUAUGACCUGGUCUUGGCUGAGGAUGAAGAGAUGAACCGCAUGCAUGAGAGCAUGAAGCUGUUUGACUCUAUCUGCAACAACAAAUGGUUUACAAGAACCUCUAUCAUCCUCUUCCUCAACAAGAAGGACUUGUUUGAGGAGAAGAUAGGCAGGAGUCCUCUUACAAUUUGCUACCCCGAGUACAAAGGUGAAAACACGUAUGAGGAGGCAGCGCAGUACAUCCAAAGCCAGUUUGAAGACUUGAAUAAAAAAAAGGCCAGCAAGGAGAUCUACACCCACUUUACUUGUGCCACAGACACCCAGAAUGUGCAGUUUGUGUUUGACGUUAUCACCGAUGUUAUUAUCAAAAUCAACCUGACGGAUAUCGGACUCUACUAAAGAUUUAGGACCUGAAGGUGUCCCAAGGGGUUUCUGGUGAUCUUGGCUGGUAUCUGGUAACUGCGGGAAAGGCAGAGGGAAUUGUUUUACAAAAGGACUAAGCCGCAACUAUGACAUCCACAAUUUUGGAGACUUGUGUCAUGAUCCCUUUAGUCAUGGCAGAGAGAUGAAGAAAUUUGUGAGAGUGGCUAGCCAAACAAUCACUGUGAGUUAUUUGCUCCUGUGGCAGGUAAAGACUCACCAUCGGUAUGUCUGUUUUUCACAGCUGAUAUGUAAAUUUACCUGGUUCAGUGUUAUCUUGCAAAUCUGUGUUACACAUAGCUUUUAGUUUAAAAACUGGGUUGCUGUAUUUCUUUGUAAAGUAUACGUGCCUUGGAGGACACAGUUUUGUAUUUGGUAAAGAUUAUAUAACACAUACAUAUAAUUCUACUGAACUCCACUGCAGCACAAUCUAACUUUAUGUAGUAUGUUACACUGAACUGUUUUUAUAUUUUUAACUGAGACACGCCACAGCACAGAAUUUCCUAAAAGGGAGUUGAAAAAAUGUCUUGACUAAUGUUAUUCACUUAGUCGGCUCAAUAUCGUUUUCUUUCAGAAUCCAUGAAGACAUGCAUUUAUGUUUCACCGCUCUCACCUCAAGCUAAAGACGACUUUAUUCUUCCCUCACUUCUUGUUCAAAGAAGUCCUAUCAGCCAGUUUUCCCAUUUAGAAUUUGCAUGGCUCUCUCUGCAUUUAUAUUAGCUCAUUUUAGAAUCAUUAGAUGCGGGCUGUGCUCCUUUGUUUGGUUUUAAAUUUAAAAAAUCUUCCACCAGGCGGUCUAUAUCCACCUGAAAGACAUUUAAUGGCCUUUUGCAAACAAAGCCGUAAAGGUUGUGAUACAAAGGGGAAGGAGUUUUUUCAGAAAUAUGUGUUUUGAAGUGAUGGCUGAUCGUGAUCAGCCGUUGCUUGACAUAUACAUUAACAAGUGGGUAGUGGGAAAUGCAGGGAAAAAUUAUUGAAUGCAAGCUUUGGGUUUAUGCAUAAUCAACUAUUGUAAAUAGAGAGACUUCAAAAGACAAGUAAAAUUUUGAUUCACCCACAAA